AUGUCUGCCGCCCAGCUUCUGAAUCCGAAAGCCGAGUCAAGACGGCGCGGAGAAGCCCUCAAGAUCAACAUCAAUGCUGGUGAAGGCCUGCAGGAUGUUUUGAAGUCGAACCUGGGUCCCCUGGGGACCAUCAAGAUGCUCGUGGACGGCGCCGGACAGAUCAAACUCACGAAGGAUGGAAAUGUGCUCCUGCGAGAGAUGCAAAUACAGCAUCCCACUGCUGUAAUGAUCGCGAGGGCGGCAACGGCACAAGACGAUAUCUGUGGUGACGGGACAACGUCGGUUGUCCUUCUGGUUGGCGAGCUGCUGAAGCAGGCAGACCGGUACAUCGCGGAGGGUUUACAUCCUCGCAUUAUCACCGAGGGUUUUGAGAUUGCGAAGAACGAGGCUCUUAAGUUCCUCGACGAGUUCAAGCUACCGAAAGAAGUCGACCGCGAGCUGCUGCUCUCCGUGGCGAAGACAUCGCUUGCCACAAAACUCAAUGCCACCCUGGCACACAAGCUAACACCUGAUAUCGUCGAUGCCGUGCUCUCCAUCUACCAAGCCCCGGCGAAGCCAGACCUACACAUGGUUGAGAUCAUGAAGAUGCAGCACCGCACUGCCGCGGAUACCCAACUUAUCCGCGGCCUUGCGCUCGACCACGGCGCCCGUCAUCCAGACAUGCCGAAGCGGGUGGAGAAUGCUUUUAUUUUGACCCUCAACGUCAGCCUAGAGUACGAAAAGUCGGAGAUCAACUCGAGCUUCUUCUAUUCCAGCGCCGAGCAGAGAGACAAGCUCGUCGAUAGUGAGCGGCGCUUCGUGGAUUCCAAGCUGAAGAAGAUCGUGGAGCUGAAGAAGGAGGUCUGCGGCAACGAUCCCAAGAAGAACUUUGUCAUCAUCAACCAGAAGGGCAUCGACCCCCUCUCCCUCGAUGUGCUGGCCAAGAACGGUAUUCUGGCUCUCCGACGAGCCAAGCGGAGGAAUAUGGAGAGACUGCAGCUGAUCUGCGGCGGUAUCUCACAGAACAGUGUGGAAGACAUGACUCCCGAUGUGCUUGGUUGGGCAGGCCUUGUCUACGAACAGCAGCUCGGAGAGGAGAAGUACACAUUCAUUGAGGAGGUCAAGGACCCGAAGUCGGUGACUCUCCUUAUCAAGGGUCCCAACCAGCACACAAUCACCCAGGUUACCGAUGCCGUGCGCGAUGGCCUCCGGAGUGUCUACAACAUGAUUGUCGACAAGAGCGUGGUCCCCGGCGGGGGCGCAUUCCAGGUGGCGUGUGCAGCCCACCUCAAGAGCGAUGCCUUCUCCAAGACGGUCAAGGGCAAGGCGAAAUGGGGCGUCGCGGCCUUUGCCGACGCGCUCCUCAUUAUCCCCAAGACGUUGGCCGCCAAUGCGGGUCUUGACGUCCAGGAUGCGCUUGCCACCCUGCAGGACGAGUUCGCCGAGGGAGACGUGGUAGGCCUGGACUUGGCGACGGGGGAGACCAUGGACCCGACGCUGGAGGGCGUCUACGACUCCUUCCGUGUCCUGAGAAACUGCGUCGCCUCGAGUUCGAGCAUUGCCUCCAACUUGCUCCUGUGCGAUGAGCUUCUGAAGGCUAGACAGAUGGGACGGCAAGGAGGACCGGGACCUGGUAUGGAUGGACCUGAGGAUGAUUCCUCUGACGGGGGAGACCAGAACUACACGGAAACCGAUGUACUCCUGGGUUACACAUCUAAGGAUCCCAAGGAUGAGACUAUAAGUCGCCUGGGCGGCAGACCAGAAUGGUUGAACCCGACGAAUCCCCCCUCUGCCGCGCUGGCGAGAUGCAAAUCCUGCAAGGACCUCAUGGUCCUGCUUCUCCAACUUAAUGGCGAGCUCCCUGAACGAUUCCCCGGCCACGAUCGCCGACUAUAUGUCUUCUCGUGCAGACGGAAGACCUGCCGCAGGAAGGAAGGCAGCGUACGGGCCCUGAGAGGCGUGAGGGUCACAAAGGAAGCGGUCCCAGACACUAUUUCGAAAGAGGCGAAGGAGGACAAGCCGCGACCAUCUGCCCCCGUGGCGCCGCAGACCGGCCUCGGGGAGGCACUCUUCGGCGUGAAGCCCGCCGCCGGGGCUGCAGCACAGGCAAACCCUUUCUCAACCUCGUUGUCAAACGCAAAUCCAUUUGCCACGUCCUCGCCGUUGGCUGCGCCAAACCCCUUCGCCAAACCGUCCCCAGUCCCUGCUCCACAGCCAGCCAAGACUGAAGCCCCCAGCCCCAAACCCGACGAGGCCAUAACCACCCUGCCCAAAACCUUCGCCGAGACCCUCUCCCUCAACAACCCCCAACCACAAGCUGGGCCGCCCCCACCACCCGAACCCUGGCCCGCAGAGUCCGCCCAACCAGCCCCCUACCCGACCAGCUGGCUCUCGGAAGCCGAGUACGAGACCCUCGACCCGACGCCCUCGCCGCGCGUCCCUGCCACCAGCACGGCCAUGGACGUCGACUCGGGCGACACCGGCGGCGGCAAGGAGGACAAGGAGGUCUUCGAGAGCAGCAUGGACGCGGCGUUCCAGCGGUUCGCCGACCGCGUCGGCCAGAACCCGGACCAGUGCGUCCGCUACGAGUUCGCGGGGGCGCCGCUGCUGUACUCCAAGGCCGACGCCGUGGGGCGGCGGCUCCAUGCGGCAGAGGCCACCAAGGUCGUCGGCGCGGAGGCGGCCGGGUUCCCGCCGUGCGGGAACUGUGGCGCGCGGAGGGUGUUUGAGCUGCAACUUACACCGCAUGCGAUCGAGGAGCUGGAGGUGGAGGAGGAUGGGCUUGAUGGGAUGGAUUGGGGGACGGUUAUUGUGGGGGUGUGUGGGAAGGAUUGUCAGGAGAGGGGGGUGGGUGUUGGGGAGGCGGGUUAUGUGGAGGAGUGGGUUGGUGUUCAGUGGGAGGAGCUGACUGUUAAGAGAUGA